AUGGACGUGGACGUGGACGUGGACGUGGACGUGGACGUGGACAUGGACGUGGACGUGGACGUGGACAUGGACGUGGACGUGGACGUGGACGUGGACGUGGACGUGGACAUGGACGUGGACGUGGACGUGGACGUGGACGUGGACGUGGACGUGGACGUGGACGUGGACGUGGACGUGGACAUGGACGUGGACGUGGACGUGGACGUGGACGUGGACGUGGACGUGGACGUGGACGUGGACGUGGACGUGGACGUGGACGUGGACGUGGACGUGGACGUGGACGUGGACGUGGACGUGGACGUGGACGUGGACGUGGACGUGGACGUGGACGUGGACGUGGACGUGGACAUGGACGUGGACGUGGACGUGGACGUGGACGUGGACAUGGACGUGGACAUGGACGUGGACAUGGACGUGGACGUGGACGUGGACGUGGACAUGGACGUGGACGUGGACGUGGACGUGGACGUGGACGUGGACGUGGACGUGGACGUGGACGUGGACGUGGACGUGGACGUGGACGUGGACAUGGACGUGGACAUGGACGUGGACGUGGACGUGGACGUGGACAUGGACGUGGACGUGGACGUGGACGUGGACGUGGACAUGGACGUGGACAUGGACGUGGACGUGGACGUGGACGUGGACGUGGACGUGGACGUGGACGUGGACGUGGACGUGGACGUGGACGUGGACGUGGACGUGGACGUGGACGUGGACAUGGACGUGGACGUGGACAUGGACGUGGACGUGGACGUGGACGUGGACGUGGACGUGGACGUGGACAUGGACGUGGACGUGGACGUGGACGUGGACAUGGACGUGGACGUGGACGUGGACAUGGACGUGGACGUGGACGUGGACGUGGACGUGGACAUGGACGUGGACGUGGACGUGGACAUGGACGUGGACGUGGACGUGGACAUGGACGUGGACGUGGACGUGGACGUGGACGUGGACGUGGACGUGGACGUGGACGUGGACGUGGACGUGGACAUGGACGUGGACAUGGACGUGGACGUGGACGUGGACGUGGACAUGGACGUGGACGUGGACGUGGACGUGGACAUGGACGUGGACGUGGACGUGGACGUGGACAUGGACGUGGACGUGGACGUGGACGUGGACGUGGACGUGGACGUGGACGUGGACGUGGACGUGGACGUGGACGUGGACGUGGACGUGGACAUGGACGUGGACGUGGACGUGGACGUGGACGUGGACGUGGACAUGGACGUGGACGUGGACGUGGACGUGGACAUGGACGUGGACGUGGACGUGGACAUGGACGUGGACGUGGACGUGGACGUGGACGUGGACAUGGACGUGGACAUGGACGUGGACAUGGACGUGGACGUGGACGUGGACGUGGACGUGGACGUGGACGUGGACGUGGACUUGGACGUGGACGUGGACAUGGACGUGGACGUGGACGUGGACGUGGACGUGGACGUGGACGUGGACGUGGACGUGGACGUGGACGUGGACGUGGACGUGGACGUGGACGUGGACGUGGACGUGGACGUGGACGUGGACGUGGACGUGGACGUGGACGUGGACGUGGACGUGGACGUGGACGUGGACGUGGACGUGGACGUGGACGUGGACGUGGACGUGGACGUGGACGUGGACGUGGACGUGGACGUGGACGUGGACAUGGACGUGGACAUGGACGUGGACGUGGACGUGGACGUGGACAUGGACGUGGACGUGGACGUGGACGUGGACGUGGACAUGGACGUGGACAUGGACGUGGACGUGGACGUGGACAUGGACGUGGACAUGGACGUGGACAUGGACGUGGACAUGGACGUGGACGUGGACGUGGACGUGGACGUGGACGUGGACGUGGACGUGGACAUGGACGUGGACGUGGACGUGGACGUGGACAUGGACGUGGACGUGGACGUGGACGUGAUGGACGUGGACGUGGACGUGGACAUGGACGUGGACGUGGACGUGGACGUGGACGUGGACGUGGACAUGGACGUGGACAUGGACAUGGACGUGGACGUGGACGUGGACGUGGACAUGGACCUGGACGUGGACGUGGACGUGGACGUGGACGUGGACGUGGACAUGGACGUGGACGUGGACAUGGACAGGGACGUAGACGUGGACGUGGACGUGGACGUGGACAUGGACGUGGACAUGGACGUGGACGUGGACGUGGACGUGGACGUGGACGUGGAAAUGGACGUGGACGUGGACGUGGACAUGGACAUGGACGUAGACGUGGACGUGGACGUGGACGUGGACGUGGACAUGGACGUGGACGUGGACAUGGACGUGGACGUGGACGUGGACGUGGACAUGGACGUGGACGUGGACGUGGACGUGGACGUGGACGUGGACGUGGACGUGGACGUGGACGUGGACGUGGACAUGGACGUGGACAUGGACGUGGACUUGGACGUGGACGUGGACGUGACGUGGACGUGGACGUGGACAUGGACGUGGACGUGGACGUGGACGUGGACGUGGACGUGGACAUGGACGUGGACGUGGACGUGGACAUGGACGUGGACGUGGACGUGGACGUGGACGUGGACAUGGACGUGGACGUGGACGUGGACGUGGACGUGGACGUGGACGUGGACGUGGACGUGGACAUGGACGUGGACGUGGACGUGGACGUGGACAUGGACGUGGACGUGGACGUGGACAUGGACGUGGACGUGGACAUGGACGUGGACGUGGACGUGGACGUGGACAUGGACGUGGACGUGGACGUGGACAUGGACGUGGACGUGGACAUGGACGUGGACAUGGACGUGGACGUGGACGUGGACGUGGACGUGGACGUGGACGUGGACGUGGACGUGGACGUGGACGUGGACGUGGACGUGGACAUGGACGUGGACGUGGACAUGGACGUGGACGUGGACAUGGACGUGGACGUGGACGUGGACGUGGACGUGGACGUGGACGUGGACGUGGACGUGGACAUGGACGUGGACGUGGACGUGGACGUGGACGUGGACGUGGACGUGGACAUGGACGUGGACAUGGACGUGGACGUGGACGUGGACGUGGACGUGGACGUGGACGUGGACAUGGACGGGACGUGGACGUGGACGUGGACAUGGACGUGGACAUGGACGUGGACUUGGACGUGGACGUGGACGUGGACGUGGACGUGGACGUGGACGUGGAAAUGGACGUGGACGUGGACGUGGACAUGGACGUGGACUGGACGUGGACGUGGACGUGGACUGGACGUGGACGUGGACGUGGACGUGGACGUGGACGUGGACGUGGACGUGGACAUGGACGUGGACGUGGACGUGGACAUGGACGUGGACGUGGACGUGGACGUGGACGUGGACGUGGACGUGGACGUGGACGUGGACGUGGACAUGGACGUGGACGUGGACGUGGACGUGGACAUGGACGUGGACAUGGACGUGGACGUGGACGUGGACGUGGACGUGGACGUGGACGUGGACGUGGACAUGGACGUGGACGUGGACGUGGACAUGGACGUGGACGUGGACGUGGACGUGGACGUGGACAUGGACGUGGACGUGGACGUGGACGUGGACAUGGACGUGGACGUGGACGUGGACGUGGACAUGGACGUGGACGUGGACGUGGACAUGGACGUGGACGUGGACGUGGACGUGGACAUGGACGUGGACGUGGACAUGGACGUGGACGUGGACGUGGACGUGGACGUGGACGUGGACAUGGACGUGGACAUGGACGUGGACGUGGACGUGGACGUGGACGUGGACAUGGACGUGGAUGGACGUGGACGUGGACGUGGACAGUGGACGUGGACGUGGACGUGGACGUGGACAUGGACAUGGACGUGGACGUGGACGUGGACGUGGACGUGGACGUGGACGUGGACAUGGACGUGGACAUGGACGUGGACAUGGACGUGGACGUGGACAUGGACGUGGACAUGGACGUGGACGUGGACGUGGACGUGGACAUGGACGUGGACGUGGACGUGGACGUGGACAUGGACGUGGACGUGGACGUGGACGUGGACGUGGACGUGGACGUGGACAUGGACGUGGACAUGGACGUGGACAUGGACGUGGACGUGGACGUGGACGUGGACAUGGACGUGGACGUGGACGUGGACGUGGACAUGGACGUGGACGUGGACGUGGACGUGGACAUGGACGUGGACGUGGACGUGGACGUGGACAUGGACGUGGACGUGGACGUGGACAUGGACGUGGACGUGGACGUGGACGUGGACGUGGACGUGGACGUGGACGUGGACAUGGACGUGGACGUGGACGUGGACGUGGACAUGGACAUGGACGUGGACGUGGACGUGGACGUGGACGUGGACAUGGACGUGGACGUGGACAUGGACGUGGACGUGGACAUGGACGUGGACGUGGACGUGGACGUGGACGUGGACGUGGACAUGGACGUGGACGUGGACGUGGACGUGGACGUGGACAUGGACAUGGACGUGGACGUGGACGUGGACAUGGACGUGGACGUGGACGUGGACAUGGACGUGGACGUGGACGUGGACGUGGACGUGGACAUGGACGUGGACAUGGACGUGGACAUGGACGUGGACGUGGACGUGGACGUGGACGUGGACAUGGACGUGGACGUGGACAUGGACGUGGACGUGGACGUGGACGUGGACGUGGACGUGGAAUGGACGUGGACGUGGACGUGGAAAUGGACGUGGACGUGGACGUGGACAUGGACGUGGACGUGGACGUGGACGUGGACGUGGACGUGGACGUGGACGUGGACGUGGACGUGGACGUGGACGUGGACGUGGACGUGGACGUGGACAUGGACGUGGACGUGGACGUGGACAUGGACGUGGACAUGGACGUGGACAUGGACGUGGACAUGGACGUGGACGUGGACGUGGACGUGGACAUGGACGUGGACGUGGACGUGGACAUGGACGUGGACGUGGACGUGGACAUGGACGUGGACGUGGACGUGGACUUGGACGUGGACGUGGACGUGGACAUGGACGUGGACGUGGACGUGGACGUGGACGUGGACAUGGACGUGGACAUGGACGUGGACUUGGACGUGGACGUGGACGUGGACAUGGACGUGGACGUGGACAUGGACGUGGACGUGGACGUGGACAUGGACGUGGACGUGGACGUGGACGUGGACGUGGACGUGGACGUGGACGUGGACGUGGACGUGGACAUGGACGUGGACAUGGACGUGGACGUGGACAUGGACGUGGACGUGGACAUGGACGUGGACGUGGACGUGGACGUGGACGUGGACGUGGACGUGGACGUGGACAUGGACGUGGACGUGGACGUGGACGUGGACGUGGACGUGGACGUGGACAUGGACGUGGACAUGGACGUGGACUUGGACGUGGACGUGGACGUGGACGUGGACGUGGACGUGGACGUGGACAUGGACGUGGACGUAGAAAUGGACGUGGACGUGGACGUGGACGUGGACGUGGACGUGGACGUGGACAUGGACGUGGACGUGGACAUGGACGUGGACGUGGACGUGGACGUGGACGUGGACAUGGACGUGGACAUGGACGUGGACAUGGACGUGGACAUGGACGUGGACGUGGACGUGGACGUGGACGUGGACAUGGACGUGGACGUGGACGUGGACGUGGACGUGGACGUGGACAUGGACGUGGACAUGGACGUGGACAGGACGUGGACAUGGACGUGGACAUGGACGUGGACGUGGACGUGGACGUGGACAUGGACGUGGACGUGGACGUGGACGUGGACGUGGACGUGCGUGGACGUGGACGUGGACGUGGACGUGGACGUGGACGUGGACGGACGUGGACGUGGACGUGGACGUGGACAUGGACGUGGACGUGGACGUGGACGUGGACAUGGACGUGGACGUGGACGUGGACGUGGACAUGGACGUGGACGUGGACGUGGACGUGGACGUGGACGUGGACGUGGACGUGGACAUGGACGUGGACAUGGACGUGGACGUGGACGUGGACGUGGACAUGGACGUGGACGUGGACGUGGACGUGGACGUGGACGUGGACAUGGACGUGGACAUGGACGUGGACGUGGACAUGGACGUGGACGUGGACGUGGACGUGGACGUGGACGUGGACGUGGACGUGGACGUGGACAUGGACGUGGACAUGGACGUGGACAUGGACGUGGACGUGGACGUGGACGUGGACGUGGACGUGGACGUGGACGUGGACGUGGACGUGGACGUGGACGUGGACGUGGACAUGGACGUGGACGUGGACGUGGACAUGGACGUGGACAUGGACGUGGACGUGGACGUGGACAUGGACGUGGACGUGGACGUGGACGUGGACGUGGACGUGGACGUGGACGUGGACGUGGACGUGGACGUGGACGUGGACGUGGACAUGGACGUGGACGUGAACGUGGACGUGGACGUGGACAUGGACGUGGACAUGGACGUGGACUUGGACGUGGACGUGGACAUGGACGUGGACGUGGACAUGGACGUGGACGUGGACGUGGACGUGGACAUGGACGUGGACGUGGACGUGGACGUGGACGUGGACAUGGACGUGGACGUGGACGUGGACGUGGACGUGGACGUGGACGUGGACAUGGACGUGGACGUGGACGUGGACGUGGACGUGGACGUGGACAUGGACGUGGACGUGGACAUGGACGUGGACGUGGACAUGGACGUGGACGUGGACGUGGACGUGGACGUGGACGUGGACGUGGACGUGGACGUGGACAUGGACGUGGACGUGGACGUGGACGUGGACGUGGAAAUGGACGUGGACGUGGACGUGGACAUGGACGUGGACGUGGACGUGGACGUGGACAUGGACGUGGACGUGGACGUGGACGUGGACGUGGACUGGACGUGGACGUGGACGUGGACGUGGACGUGGACGUGGACAUGGACGUGGACGUGGACGUGGACAUGGACGUGGACGUGGACAUGGACGUGGACGUGGACGUGGACGUGGACGUGGACGUGGACGUGGACGUGGACGUGGACGUGGACGUGGACGUGGACGUGGACGUGGACGUGGACGUGGACGUGGACGUGGACAUGGACGUGGACGUGGACGUGGACGUGGACGUGGACGUGGACGUGGACGUGGACAUGGACGUGGACUUGGACGUGGACGUGGAGAUGGACGUGGACGUGGACAUGGACGUGGACGUGGACGUGGACAGGGACGUGGACAUGGACGUGGACGUGGACGUGGACGUGGACGUGGACGUGGACGUGGACGUGGACGUGGACGUGGACGUGGACGUGGACGUGGACGUGGACGUGGACAUGGACGUGGACGUGGACGUGGACGUGGACGUUGACGUGGACGUGGACGUGGACUUGGACGUGGACGUGGACGUGGACGUGGACGUGGACGUGGACGUGGACAUGGACGUGGACUUGGACGUGGACGUGGACGUGGACGUGGACGUGGACAUGGACGUGGACGUGGACGUGGACGUGGACGUGGACGUGGACGUGGACAUGGACGUGGACGUGGACGUGGACGUGGACGUGGACAUGGACGUGGACGUGGACGUGGACGUGGACGGUGGACGUGGACGUGGACGUGGACGUGGACGUGGACGUGGACGUGGACUUGGACGUGGACGUGGACGUGGACGUGGACAUGGACGUGGACGUGGACAUGGACGUGGACAUGGACGUGGACAUGGACGUGGACAUGGACGUGGACUUGGACGUGGACGUGGACGGGGACGUGGACAUGGACGUGGACAUGGACGUGGACGUGGACAUGGACUUGGACGUGGACGUGGACGUGGACGUGGACGUGGACAUGGACGUGGACAUGGACGUGGACAUGGACGUGGACGUGGACGUGGACGUGGACAUGGACGUGGACGUGGACGUGGACGUGGACGUGGACGUGGACAUGGACGUGGACGUGGACAUGGACGUGGACGUGGACGUGGACAUGGACGUGGACGUGGACGUGGACAUGGACGUGGACAUGGACGUGGACGUGGACGUGGACGUGGACGUGGACGUGGACGUGGACGUGGACGUGGACGUGGACUUGGACGUGGACGUGGACUGGACGUGGACGUGGACAUGGACGUGGACGUGGACGUGGACGUGGACAUGGACGUGCACAUGGACGUGGACGUGGACGUGGACGUGGACGUGGACGUGGACGUGGACGUGGACGUGGACGUGGACGUGGACGUGGACGUGGACAUGGACGUGGACGUGGACGUGGACGUGGACGUGGACGUGGACGUGGACAUGGACGUGGACGUGGACGUGGAAAUGGACGUGGACGUGGACGUGGACAUGGACAUGGACGUGGACGUGGACAUGGACGUGGACGUGGACGUGGACAUGGACGUGGACAUGGACGUGGACAUGGACGUGGACGUGGACGUGGACACGUGGACGUGGACAUGGACGUGGACAUGGACGUGGACAUGGACGUGGACGUGGACGUGGACGUGGACGUGGACAUGGACGUGGACGUGGAAUGGACGUGGACGUGGACGUGGACAUGGACAUGGACGUGGACGUGGACGUGGACGUGGACGUGGACAUGGACGUGGACAUGGACAUGGACGUGGACGUGGACGUGGACAUGGACGUGGACAUGGACGUGGACGUGGACAUGGACGUGGACAUGGACAUGGACGUGGACGUGGACGUGGACGUGGACGUGGACGUGACGUGGACGUGGACGUGGACGUGGACAUGGACGUGGACAUGGACGUGGACAUGGACGUGGACGUGGACUGGACGUGGACGUGGACAUGGACGUGGACGUGGACGUGGACGUGGACGUGGACGUGGACGUGGACGUGGACGUGGACGUGGACGUGGACGUGGACUGGACAUGGACGUGGACGUGGACGUGGACGUGGACAUGGACGUGGACAUGGACGUGGACGUGGACGUGGACGUGGACGUGGACGUGGACGUGGACGUGGACGUGGACGUGGACGUGGACGUGGACGUGGACAUGGACGUGGACGUGGACGUGGACGUGGACAUGGACGUGGACAUGGACGUGGACAUGGACGUGGACGUGGACGUGGACGUGGACAUGGACGUGGACGUGGACGUGGACGUGGACAUGGACGUGGACGUGGACGUGGACGUGGACGUGGACAUGGACGUGGACGUGGACGUGGACGUGGACGUGGACGUGGACGUGGACGUGGACGUGGACGUGGACGUGGACGUGGACGUGGACGUGGACGUGGACGUGGACAUGGACGUGGACGUGGACGUGGACGUGGACGUGGACGUGGACGUGGACGUGGACGUGGACGUGGACGUGGACGUGGACAUGGACGUGGACGUGGACGUGGACGUGGACAUGGACGUGGACGUGGACGUGGACGUGGACAUGGACGUGGACGUGGACAUGGACGUGGACGUGGACGUGGACGUGGACGUGGACGUGGACGUGGACGUGGACGUGGACGUGGACAUGGACGUGGACGUGGACGUGGACGUGGACGUGGACGUGGACGUGGACAUGGACGUGGACGUGGACGUGGACGUGGACGUGGACGUGGACGUGGACGUGGACGUGGACGUGGACGUGGACGUGGACGUGGACAUGGACGUGGACGUGGACGUGGACGUGGACGUGGACGUGGACGUGGACGUGGACAUGGACGUGGACGUGGACGUGGACGUGGACGUGGACGUGGACGUGGACAUGGACGUGGACGUGGACGUGGACGUGGACAUGGACGUGGACGUGGACGUGGACGUGGACGUGGACAUGGACGUGGACGUGGACGUGACGUGGACAUGGACGUGGACGUGGACGUGGACAUGGACGUGGACAUGGACGUGGACGUGGACGUGGACGUGGACGUGGACGUGGACGUGGACGUGGACGUGGACGUGGACGUGGACGUGGACGUGGACGUGGACGUGGACGUGACGUGGACGUGGACGUGGACGUGGACAUGGACGUGGACGUGGACGUGGACGUGGACGUGGACGUGGACAUGGACGUGGACGUGGACGUGGACGUGGACAUGGACGUGGACGUGGACGUGGACGUGGACGUGGACGUGGACGUGGACGUGGACGUGGACGUGGACGUGGACGUGGACGUGGACGUGGACGUGGACGUGGACAUGGACGUGGACGUGGACGUGGACGUGGACGUGGACGUGGACGUGGACGUGGACGUGGACGUGGACGUGGACAUGGACAUGGACGUGGACGUGGACGUGGACGUGGACAUGGACGUGGACGUGGACGUGGACGUGGACGUGGACGUGGACGUGGACGUGGACGUGGACGUGGACGUGGACGUGGACGUGGACGUGGACGUGGACGUGGACGUGGACGUGGACGUGGACGUGGACGUGGACGUGGACGUGGACGGACGUGGACGUGGACGUGGACGUGGACGUGGACGUGGACGUGGACGUGGACGUGGACGUGGACAUGGACGUGGACGUGGACGUGGACAUGGACGUGGACGUGGACGUGGACGUGGACGUGACGUGGACGUGGACGUGGACGUGGACGUGGACGUGGACGUGGACGUGGACGUGGACAUGGACGUGGACGUGGACGUGGACGUGGACGUGGACGUGGACGUGGACAUGGACGUGGACGUGGACGUGGACGUGGACGUGGACGUGGACGUGGACGUGGACGUGGACGUGGACGUGGACGUGGACGUGGACGUGGACAUGGACGUGGACGUGGACGUGGACGUGGACGUGGACGUGGACGUGGACGUGGACAUGGACGUGGACGUGGACGUGGACGUGGACGUGGACGUGGACGUGGACGUGGACAUGGACGUGGACAUGGACAUGGACGUGGACGUGGACGUGGACGUGGACAUGGACGUGGACGUGGACGUGGACGUGGACAUGGACGUGGACGUGGACGUGGACAUGGACGUGGACGUGGACGUGGACGUGGACAUGGACGUGGACGUGGACGUGGACGUGGACGUGGACGUGGACGUGGACGUGGACGUGGACGUGGAAUGUGGACGUGGACGUGACGUGGACGUGGACGUGGACGUGGAAUUGA